AUGCCACUCAACUACUCCAAAUGGGACAACCUCGAGCUCUCCGACGACUCAGAUAUCGAGGUCCACCCCAACAUUGACAAGAAAUCCUUCAUUCGAUGGAAGCAACGUGACAUUCACGAAAAGCGUGAUCAACGCAAAGCCGAAAAGGACGCUAUCAAGGCCGAGAUGGAUACGAACGAUGCUCUCUCUCCGCGCCUGGACGAGUUGAUUGGUAGUACGAAGAAGCAAGGCUCGGCUUACUAUUCCAGAGAAGUGGCAAAGCUCAGUGCUGGAAGACAGCAACGUGGUAACAUGGACGGUCCCAAUGGUCCGACUACCGACGAUAUGAUUCUUAGUCUUCUGCUUCAGAUUCAACAGCAUGAGAACCUUAAGGGCAAGACAGGCAACGAUUUGGAUGAGGCGCUGCUCAACGAACUCCAACGACACAGAGAGAAGCUCGGGGCAAGACAGACACAGAUUCAAUUCCAGUUGGAACAGAUGGAAAAGGAAGACUCGAAAAAGAUCACAAGCGAUAGCAUCAGAGACGCCUGGAACUCGGGCUACGUUGCUAAAGCCGAACCUCAGCCAGAGCUCAAGCGGAAAUCCGCAAGCAAAGCAGAGCAGAAAGCCGAAACAGUCAUCGAGACGCUCAACAAUCCCUCCUCGUCCAUCUCUGCAGCUGGUGCUCCCUCCUCCACCCCAACCGCAGCCGCCGCAGAGAGUGACGAUGACGAGGACGACAUCCCCGAAGCAGACGACAUCCAGCGCCAAUUCGCCGACCUGCCCUGCUGCGUUCCCUCCUCAAUCCCUCUCUCGGCCUCGACAAUCCCAUCCGAAUUUAACCCAACCAAAUCGCUCAACAUCAACGCCUUCGAAACAGCCCUUCAAUUCCUCUCGAAACACAAACUCCUCCUCCAUCCAUCCAGCAACACCACCGACUCGCUCCUCCUUGAAGCAUUCAACGCCCAAAUGGCCUCCAAAUCCUCGCUCGCUCGUCGAUGUGUUGAGAAAGCACUCAUGAUUCAGUACUGCAACAAGCUUGGUCCUGAUGGUGUCAAUCUUUUCUUCCGUCGCAUGGUCGCUUCCAAAGACGGUCGUGCCAGUGUUGUCUAUCUCAACGACGUACUUGCCACCUACGCUCGUAUCCGGGAUCGUUCAAAAACGCUUGCAGAACAACAAAAGAACGCGGGAGAGGGAGAAGAGCAGAUCCAGUUGGUCGCAGAAGAUGAUACCACGACAAUCAGUUUCGAUCUCCCAGAUGGACCCCCGCCAGAGGUUAUUGAAUUGCAAGGUGAGGCAAAGGAGAAUCUUAACCCAGAAGACGUCAGAGCUUGGCUUCAGAGGAGAUGGGAUAUCUUCCAAAGCUUCCCAGAGGAUUUUAGGAAGGCUCUUGAAACAAAGCAGCUCAUUCGCGUCAACGAGGUCCUGGCUAGCAUCAACGUCGAUCAGGCUGAACAGAUUGUUCGCAAUCUCGACCAGGCUGGCAUUUUGAAUUUCUCAAGCUCACAGAUUAGCCAACAGUCGGCACACUGA